AUGGACCGAAUAAUUGAGCCUGUAACCUCAUGGGAUGUAAAUAAGGUACAUUCCUGGCUUUCUUUUCUUGGCUAUUCCUCAUAUGAAUCACAAUUAAAAGAACAAGGUAUAAGUGGAGAGAUCCUAGUUCACUUGGAUCAUGAGGCACUAAAAGAUCUUGGCGUUCGUUCUGUCGGUCACAGAGUUUCCAUACUGAAAGCGAUAUAUAACCUGAAGAUACAGCAUAACAUACCCGUUGAAAUUGGCGAAUACGUUCCCCCUUCUGCAGAAUUCGAAAGUGCAAUGAGUGUUACGAAUGGGAUUCCAGACCUUCGUAAAAUUGAGAGCGCAAUUCAAGAGAGAGACGCAUUAAUUUCACAUUUGUCGAAAGAAAUUCAAAGAUUGUCAACUGACUUAUCAAAAUUGCGAGACGAAUUGACGCCAAUUUGGAAAAUUGCUAAAGAAAAUAAGCCAUUACCUGAGCUGGAAAGAAAUGGUUCUAGCAAAAAGUAUGGUGGCGCUUUAAAGACAAACCUUUCCGUUACGGUUCCCGGCAUAAAUAUUACAAAUUAUUCAAGGUCUCCGACGUAUUCAUCGGAUGGUUCAAGUGCACCGCCUUCUCCUCACUCACCGCGAAAUCGUCAUCACAAUAAUUACAAUAAUGAUAUUGACAAACAAAACAAUAACUAUAAUUUACCUCAAGUCACAAUCAAUGAGGGGGGAGGUGCCAUAAAGUUUUUUGGUAAUAAUCACAGUCCUAAUAAUACCAGUCGAGAAGCAGAAUCUUAUAAAAGUUUCCGAGUGUCACUUGAAGAUCCUUGUUAUAAAGUUUUACCAGCGGCUUUAAAAAAAUAUAAGAUUACGGAUGAUUGGCGUCAGUACGCCCUGUUCAUUUGCUAUGGAACUCCAGAUCAUACGACAGAGCGUUGUUUGAGUUACGAUGAAAAACCUUUAUUGUUAUUUCAAAAGUUAAAGGAAGCGAACCAAAAUCCAGUUUUUAUGUUAAAAAAUAUUAAAGAGAUUAAAUCGCCUGUUGCUACAGCAGAGGAAAUUAUCAAUUCAUUAAAAGCAAAUAAAUCGAAACGGCGUACGACACAAUUUUUAAACAAAGAAUUACCACCAGCACCCGAUCAGUACUUGAUGCCUUCAAAUCAACCAUCACCUGUAUAUCAUCAAACAUCAAAUGGUUAUUCUGAGGAUUUGGUGGAAGGUAACGGUACGGCUGUUGCCAUUUAUCCAUACGUUCAAGAACUUGAUGAUGAACUUAGUGUUACUGUUGGAGAUGUUUUCAAAAUUAGGAGCAAAGAUGGUGGAUGGUGUUUUGUUGAGAAAGAUGGUCAAACUGGGUGGGUACCUGCCAAUUUCUUGUUAGAAACAAGUGUAAAUGGAGUGGACAUGAUGGAUGAUGACAGUCCAUAUGUUGGACGCGGCGUUGCUCUAAUUGAUUUUGAAGAUCUUCAUAUGAAAAAGGAUGAUACGCUUCGUAUAUAUAAAAAACAAGGUCAUUGGUUAUACUGUGAAAUUAAUGAUGCGCGAGAUUGGGUGCCAAGUUGGUAUGUCAGGAUCGAUAAAGAUGUUAAAGAAGAAGAAGAGAGUGAGGUAAAUGAUCAUCAUCUUUCUGAUUUAUUAAAAAUUGAUGUUAUGGUUUCAUUCUUUUCACUUUAA